ACACGUGCUACGCUUGUCCGCGGCUACGCGCUACGAAUGGUUACGUCGUUUUACUACUAUGGAUAAAUUUCUCAAUAGUGGUUAAUGAAUUAGUGUUGUGAUUGAAGUUAUAAAAAGAGAUUGUAUGAAAGUUCAAGAAAAUAUGAUUAGUCAAAGAGUUGGGAUUACGAUAUCAUUAUUAAUUUUAAUGUUUCGAGAAUCGUUAACUUUAAAAAACGUACACUUAAUAGCCCCAGAGGCGGCACAGCGAGGGUCCAUAGUAGAAAUGAAGUGUCUUUACGAAUUGGAAGGAGAGACGCUGUACUCAGUGAAAUGGUACCGGGGUGACCGAGAGUUUUGUAGAUAUUCACCUAGAGAUGUGCCUCCGCUGAAGAUAUUUCCUAUACCGGGAAUAGAAGUCCAGGAAGAUGCAACUGGAGCAGAACGAUUGACAAUAAUAGCCGCGAUGCCGACAACAGCCGAAGGCCGGUAUACAUGCGAGGUGUCAGCUGAGGCACCUUCUUUCCAAACAGCACAAGUUCACGCCUUCAUGUACGUCGUAGAUCUACCAAAGUCCGGGCCAGAACUACACGGAAUAAAAUUGAGGUAUAAGGCAGGAAUGAAGCUCAAAGCGGAGUGCAUCAGCCGGGACUCGUUACCGGCUGCCAACUUGUCCUUCUUUGUCAACAAUGAACCGGCCCACAAACAGCACGUAAUGCAUAGAGUGGACGGACAGACACCGGACGGGCUGAUGACAGCUUACAGCACUAUUCAAUUUGUAGUCCAAAAUCACCAUUUUAUUGAAGGAAGACUAAGAAUUCGGUGUACAGCUAUUAUAUACUCAAUAUAUAUUAAGACACAUGAAAAGAGUUCUAUAGAAGUUAGAAUACCCACUACGGCAUCCAGUAAGCUGAAGGACCACGACGCGGUCGUUUAUUCUAUAUAUCGACAACCAGAGACCAACGCUGGUACACAACUCAGGCGAACAGCAAUAUCGACAGUCAUAAUGCUAUCAGUGAUCACCCUUCUCUCGACUGCAUUGAGAUAAAUAUUUCCAAGUACUGUAGUAUAUAAAAUAUAGGUAGACAAAAUUAAUGAAUGUGUUCUAAUAUAGUUUAACACAUUGUAACAAAACAAAAAAACACAUUUACUUGCGAGGUAAAGCACUAUAUGUUGACUUUAUUUUAUGUAUAUUUGAUUAGAAUUUAUAUAAGUUCUAUUCAAAACCUAUAUACAUACAUAAUAUAUUGUUGUGGAGAUAAAUAAAUAAAAUUAUAACAAUUAGAAUAAAAUAAUCACAUUAUCAAACAUUUAUUAUACAAAAGAAUGUAAAAUCUUAUUACAUAUAGAUACUCCAAUUUGUCUUAAGAAUAAGGUGCUUGCAUACAACAGGACACAUAAAUUAACCAGUUGUAUAGAAUACCGGAUUAUAAAAAUUUUUUUUUUUUCAAUUUCAUCAAUAUUACUUAUAUCAAUUUACGUUAUAACAAAUAUUUACUACGCGUUUUUCAAUAUAAUAAUGCCGUAAUUAUCUAGAAAACAUAAAUAAUUUCAUGUAUUUUUAAACUCUACUGUCUUUUCGUGUAUCAUAAUAUGUUUAUACUUUAUUAUAUUUAAUUUCAGUAUAAAAACAUCUAUUGACAAUAAUUGGUAUUUCAUUAAUAACAUAUGGUUGGUUAUUUCCAGAAACAGAUCAAAUUUAUAUAUGUCGCCAUUUAUAUAAGUAAGUAUCGAGUCAGUCGUCAAAAUUG